AUGAAAAAUGACGGCGAGCCUCAUGCGGAAAGACGUUCCCCUAGUUAUAAAGAAGCCGUCACUUUAAAUAGCAAUGCUGAGGAGAAGGAAAAGUUUAUCGCUGCGUAUGAAAAGGAAAUUGGGCAGUUGUUGAAAAUGAAUACCUGGGAUAACGAUAAAGUCGUGAAUACACGGGAUGUCCGAAAAAACAAAAUACUGAAUACAAUGUUCAUAUUCACAACAAAACGCGAUGGCACGAAAAAGCUUCGAUUCGUCGCUAGAGGUGACCAGACAAAAAACCGGAAAACUUACAGGACAACACAGUGCACAAUUACGCACUAA